CGGCUCCACUGCUCCCGAGACUCUGUUUAGGUUGGGGGUAGGCUCUUUAGCAGGACUUUUCCACCCAGCAGGAGUUCAUCAGGCAGCGUUGAUAGAGGCGGACAUGGUAAAGAUAGCGGAGCUAACUGACAUUGCGAGCUGUGAUGGCGACGUGACUCAGAGGCGCUGGGAGCGAAGCGGGAAGUGAAAAGGCUUCUCAAUGGCCGCGCUGCAGUCACCCUGCGCCCCCACCGAGCCGUCCACAGAGCCCAGCAGCCCACACUGAUCGUCACUUCACAAUCGGUUAAAGUAAACGUCUCUGGAUAAGUUUUAGAAACCAUUCCGGGGAGAGUGGGGGCGGGGGCCGUUUUGAGAAAGCAAAGAAUACCUGCGCUAACACAAUGACCUGAAAUCCUUCGAGCUGGAAUCCCUGGACUAGCCGGAGAGAUGAAGGCAGCAGACGAGCCUGCCUACCUGACAGUGGGGACAGAUGUCAGUGCCAAGUACAGAGGAGCCUUCUGUGAAGCCAAAAUCAAGACUGUUAAACGCAUGGUCAAGGUGAAGGUGACUCUGAAAGGUGAAAGCACGUCCCAGGUUGUGCAAGACGACCAGGUCAAAGGGCCUCUCAGGGUGGGCUCCACUGUGGAGGUGAGGAGCAAUGAGGGUUUGAGCAGCGAGGCCGUCAUCGGUAAACUGACAGAUGCCAGCCUCUACACAGUAGUUUUUGAUGAUGGUGAUGAGAAAACUCUUCGUCGAACAUCCCUGUGUCUGAAGGGAGAGAGACAUUUUGCUGAGAGUGAGACGCUGGACCAGCUGCCACUGACAAACCCAGAGCAUUUUGGCACCCCAGUCAUCGGGAAAAAAUCAAACCGAGGUGGAAGACGCUCAUCCCAGGCUGUAGCUGAUGAGGAGAAUGAUACUUCAUCCAGUGAAGAAGAGGAAGACGACAAGAAGAGGCUGAGUGAUGAGCUGCUGGGGCAGACCUGCAGCAUAGAGAAUGUGGAGGACUCUGCUGAUUGGUUCAUGGCUCUGGUGGUGUCUCCCAGUUGCAAUGAUGAGCUGGUGGUGAAGAAGGAUCAGUGUCUGGUCAGGUCCUUCUGUGAUGGCAAAUUUUACACAGUGGGGAGGAGACAUGCGCACCUGGUCACCUCCAUCAGCAUUGCCAGGUCUGAUUUUUCGAACAGGAAAGGGUUUGAAGGAGCCCAGAUGUUUCUGAGGAGCAGAGAGGUUCCAGAAGUGUGGAAGAUGGACAUGAGUCAGAUUCUAGACUCAUCCUCUAGUGACGAUGACAAAGAUGACAAGGAAAGUGAGGCAGAGGAGGAAGACAAUGAAGAAGAAAAGAGAAAGAAGCACAUAAAAGAGGAGCCAGAGGAGGAGGCAGACCCUGAGGAGAAAGAGAACUUUCUCCAGCAGCUCUACAAAUUCAUGGAAGACAGAGGCACUCCCAUCAACAAGCCCCCAGUGUUGGGGUAUAAAGACCUGAACCUCUUUAAGCUUUUCAGGCUGGUCUACCACUUGGGAGGCUGCCGCAAGAUUGAGUCUGGCACAGUGUGGAAGCAGGUCUACAUGGAUCUGGGGAUCCCAGUACUUAACUCGGCCGCUUCAUAUAAUGUCAAGACGGCCUACAAAAAGUAUCUGUCUGGGUUUGAGGAGUACUGCUGCUCCACUGGUAUAACCUUUAGAACCAUCCACCACAACAACCCCCAUCCCAACGCCAUGCAGAUUAAUCACAAGAAAGGUAAAGCUGAGUCUAAGGAGUCCUUCGCAACGCCGGCGAAGGCAGAGCUUACUGAUGACAAGAGGGAGGAGGCAGAAUCAGAGAGUGAGAGCGAGGAGGUGGUGAAGGAGGGGCAGUCAUCACCAAGGGGGAGGAGGAGGGGUGUGGGGAAUCGGGGAAAACUGCCCGUCAAGCCAGAAAAUACUGGACGGGAAGGAGCAGAUAACGGUGAGGAGCAACAAAGAGAGGUGAGGAGACGCAGCAACAGAAGACUGGAUGAAUCAGAGAAAGGAUCCGAUGAGGAGCAAGAGGACGAUGAGGAGGAAGAAGAGGAAGAAGGCGAGGAGGAGACGAGAAGAGGACAUGGAAGUGAAGAUGAAGAGGAUGGAGACUAUCUGGCAGGAACAAAGGUCAGGGUGAAGUACGGCAGAGGAAAAACCCAGAAAAUCUAUGAGGCACACAUCAAGAAGACAGACGUGGACAACGGAGAACAGUUCUACUUGGUUCAUUACUAUGGCUGGAACGUUAGGUACGAUGAAUGGGUGAAGGCUGACCGUAUCAUUUGGCCUGCAGAGAAAGGAACGAAGAAGAGACAGAGGAAAAAAGUAAAGAACAAAGACAAGGAAGAACCAGAGAAGGAGAGAGAAAAAGAUGAAGAGAAGCCAGCAUCCAUAACACCUCUUAAGCCAACCGGCUUAAAGCGUGGACGUCCUCAACUCCGGACCACGCCCACUAGCUCUUCAGGACGCAGUGUCUCCAAAACCCCCAGCAGUGAGGGACAGUCCAAUGGCAAGAGCACCCGGAUAGACGCCACGCCCAACCUUGCCAAUGGAAAUGAUACACCUCGUAGGAGAACCAGGAGGAAUUCUGGCAUGUAUGAGUCAGAUCAGGCAUCUAAUGAGGAUUCUGGAAACUCCUCCGAUGACAGCGAGGCCGACGAUGGGCUUGAGAAAACUGACAAACUGUUGUCAUGGCGAGGGAGAUCCAAACCUCAGACCUGCGAGCCAGAUGAGGAGCCACCACAGCCUGAGGAGCAGAACAACGAGACCAGGGAGAUGUCUGUAGCUGAACCUGCCGAUGACAACAACGUGGUGGCCUCAGGAGCUACUGCUCCGCUGCCGGAUGUCACCACACCUCUGUGUCCCAGCAUUCCUCAAGAGAAAUCAGAUGAGGUGCUGAACCAAUCGGAAAAGAAAGAGGAGGAGGAGCCUGCAGAGGAGCCCACAGUGUCACCAGUUCACCUGAAGGAGGAUAAAAUGUGUCCAGCGACAAGGACAUUACCUGUCCAAGAUGAGAACAAAAUGUCACCUGGACAGGAAGUGCUGUUGGACACGUCAGUCGGCAGGACAUCUCCCCCGCCUGAGAGACAGACGCCAACAUCCUCCUCACCUAGCACAGCCGAGAGUGACAGCCGUGCCACUCCCCUUCAGUCCCCCAGGGGUAAAGGUCGCAGGGCCAUCCUCAGGGAGGCAGCCUCUGAGAUUUCUCCCUUAAUCCCUCACUGUAAUCCUAGCCCCACACCAAACCUUUCCCCCAGCCCCCCCCAGGCAACACUGCUAUCAACUCCUCCUCGUAGCAUCAUCAAGAGACAAGAAGAACCCAUGGUGGUCCUUCACUGCCUCCCCUCCCAGCACCUUCCUACUAAGUCCCCCUCUGUUAACUCAGACACAGACUCUGCCACAGAGGAGGAGGAGGAGAUGUUGCCUAAAGAGAGGAGCACUACACCACUGAAGCGCAAGGCAACAGAUCAGAAAACACCCGAGAAGAAGUUCUGCAUUGACGCAAGGCAGGAAGAGCCCCCCUCAUCUCAAGCCUCAUCUGCCAUGCACAAGCCCCUCCCUUCAUCACAGCAGUCAGAACGGAGCAAUGAUGGAGGAGGGAAAUCAGAGAACCUCUUCUGUCCUGUAGAGGAGAAGCAGAACGUUGAGGCAGAGGAGAAGCUGACAUGUGCACUUCAUGAGGAUGCAGAGGUGCAUGCUGGAACAGCUCUCCCUAUUACAGAUGCCCAAGUUCCCACCCCAGCUGAAGAGCUGGAGCCACAGAUUGGCCCUGAAGCACUUGUCUGCCAUGAGGUUGACCUGGAUGACCCUGAUGAGAAGGAAAAGCCCACUUCCUCACCAGAGCACCUCCUUCUCAUGAUGCGAGAACAGAAACAGGCUCCUCCCAUUCUGCCUCUUGUUGUCCACUCCUCCAUUUCUUCGACCCACAGCUCCCAUCUCCCCCAGCCUCAGGUCAGGCCUUUCCUAAUAACUGCCACUCCCACUGGCUGUCCUGAGGAGCUACACCCUCCCAAGGACUCUGCUGAAGAAGAGCAAGGAUCAGCUAGGGGGGAUCAGGGGGGAGACUCCAGUCCUGGGUUUGAGGGAAGCACCUCCUCCUCAUCCUCUCUCCUCUUUAUGCAGGAUAACAAGGAAAGAGGUCAGAAGAGGGUGAAUGACAUAAAUUCCAGCCCAACUGCCAAGAAACACAAACGGAACCAGAAACGGACACACACCCCGUCCAAGGUCGACAAGAACGGAGCAGGACACAGCAGCGACAGUGAGGACCAGUCUCGUCUCUCAUCAUUGUCCAAAUCCCAGAAAUCUCGUUGUCCUGGUCUGUCAUCUCCGUCUACACAGAGUAAAGAAAAACACAACUUCCCAUCACCCCAGCGUUCCUACAAGUGGACCCUGCAGCUUGACGAGCUGGACAGCAUGUCGAGCACAGAGAGGAUCUCCUUCCUACAGGAGAAGCUGCAGGAGAUCAGGAAGUACUACAUGAGCCUCAAGUCGGAGGUGGCCUCCAUCGACAGACGCCGGAAGAGACUAAAAAAGAAGGAGAGAGAAGUGUCCAACACAACAGCGUCCACCUCCUCAGGCUCCUCAGACACAGGUAUGAGUCCAUCCUCAGCCUCGCCGGCUCAGAACACCGUGGCAGUGGAGUGCAGGUGAUGACACGCCCACAUGGACUGCAUCCCUUCACCCCCAGACUUUGCCCUCUUAAAUGAGCUCUGAGGACGCUGCAGAGAGGUGGACAGAGCUCCUUGCAGAGUGUAGCUGUGAUGUGGGACUGAUGCAGUUACAAAGGGGAACCCAGCCUUUCUUCUCACCUGUGGAGGAGGGACUGCACAAGGGGCUGAACUGAAGACUGACUUUCAGUUUGAGGAGACAAAUGAGAGCCAGUCCCUCCCUUCCCUUUUCCUGCAUGGUGCCAAUGCUUCUGUCCGUAUUUCAGAAUAAUCUCACGAGUGGUUUUUGCUUUCAGGGUCAGCAGUAGGUUCGCCUAAACAGAAACAAGCCCAGAGGCUGACUAUGACUGCCUGCCAUUUUUAAUGUUAACUUCUUACUAAAAAAAUGUAUGAGUAGAUGGGCUUCUAGUUUCAGUUUUAUCUUAUAUGGAAUCAAAGCUUUUAUUUUAAUAAAAUGGUGAGAGAGAUUAUUUGUCAACUUUUUUGUUCUUAUGUAAAUUAAAUGUAAUAUUCUGAA